AUGGGAGCACAUUUAUCUUCUCUUCAUAUUUUUGGUUCACCAUUAAGUAUUGAUUCAUAUAUAUCAGAGCUUUCGGAUAUAGAAUAUAGAAAAAGUUUAUCUUCUGCUCGGUUUAUGAAAACAGUACGUUGUCAACAUUUAGAAGGGCCAGUUGUUGUAAAAUUAUUUGUAAAACCAUCAUCGUCAUAUACUCUGAAAAGUUAUAUUGAACAAGUCGAAUUUGUUCGUGGGAAGUUAUUAAAUAUUCCUAAUGCUAUUCCAUAUAGGCGUGUUUUUGAAACAGAAAAAGCAGGAUAUCUUAUUAGAGAGUUUUUUUUUAGUACAUUAUAUGAUAGAAUUAGUACUAGGCCAUUUCUUCAAAUGAUAGAGAAAAAAUGGAUUGUGUUCCAGCUUUUAUCUGGAUUAAGAGACUGUCAUUCUAAAGGAGUUUAUCAUGGAGAUAUUAAAAUUGAGAAUGUUAUGGUAACUUCGUGGAAUUGGGUCUAUUUGGUUGAUUUUUCGUUUUUUAAGCCUAAUUUUCUACCUGAAGAUAAUCCUGCUGAUUUUUCAUAUUUUUAUGAUAGUUCAUCAAGACGAGUGUGUUAUAUUGCACCUGAACGCUUUCUUUGUUCAAGUGGAUUGCGUCAUGGAGAAUUGACUGAUAAAAUGGAUAUUUUUAGUCUUGGAUGUGUAAUUGCAGAACUUUUUCUUGAAGGAAUACCUUUAUUUACUCUUUCUCAAUUAUUAAAAUAUAAGCAAGGUAGAUAUAAUCCAAUAUCUACUCUCUUAAACAAGAUUGAGGAUCCUGAGGUUAAAUCAUUGAUUUGUCAUAUGAUUAAUUUGGAUCCGGAAAAGCGAUUAUCUGCACAAGAAUACCUUGAAAAAUGGAGAAACAGUGUUUUUCCUGAUUAUUUUUUUACAUUUCUAUAUCAGUAUAUUAAUUCAAUUAUGCAACAUUCACAAAAAGAACAAAUUGAAUUCAAGGAGAAAAUGUUUUAUAUGGAUGAUUAUAUUGAACGUAUUUAUCAUGAUCUUGAUAAAAUUGCAUGUUCUCUUGGCUUUGAAGAUUAUGAAAAUGUUGUGAAAAAGACCUCUUUUUCAAAGAAUUUGUAUGGAAAUUCUAUUGCACAAUUUGAAGUUUAUGAGCAUUCUAUUCCUUUGGUUAAACCUGUUACAUCUGACAAUGGUAUUUUGAUUCUUUUAUCACUUGUUUUGUCGUCAAUAAGAAAUCUUCUUAAACCAAUAUCACGUAUAAUCGCUUGUGAUAUACUUUUGAUAUUUAGCUAUAGAAUAACAGAUGAAACUAAGCAUGAUCUUUGUUUACCAUAUCUUGCUUUUCUUCUUAAUGAUGAUGUUCCGUCAGUUAGAAUGUCUUCUUUAUAUACAAUAACAAAAUUGCUUGCUUCUAUAAUUAUAAUAACACCUAUUAAUAUACAUGUAUUUUUGGAAUAUAUACUACCAAUGUUGAAUCCUUUAGUUACUGAUCCUAAACCAUGUGUUAGAAUACUGUAUGCAUCAUGUAUAUCUAGCAUUGUAAAUACAGCUCAACGAUUUUUAAAUAUGGCAGAGGCAUUUCGUUUAGAUGGCAUUUUAGAAUGUGCUGAUAAUGAUAUGGAAGGAUUUAAUGGAGGCACAUCUAGUAUGGCAAUGACGUAUGAUAGUAGCUUAAAUGAUUUACAAGAUGUAUUUAAGCAGCAUGUGAUAUCUUUACUUACUGACACGAAUUCUGAUGUCAGACGUGCUUUAAUGGGUUCUAUUGAAUCUCUUUUGAAAUUUUUUUACAAACAAAACAUUGAUGAUGCAAUUCUAAGUCACUUAAUAACUUAUUUAAAUGAUAAAGACUGGAUGUUAAGAUAUUCUUUUUUUGAACAUAUUGCUGGUAUUGCCUUAUAUAUUGGGAGUCAGAGUUUAGAGGAAUAUAUAAUGCCUUUGAUAAUGCAAGCUUUAACUGAUAUAGAAGAAUUUGUAGUUGAAAAAGUUAUAUCAUCUCUUACUACUAUUAUGGGAUUGGGUUUAUUUCAAAAACCUAGAAUAUGGGAUCUUCUUGCAACUUUAUUAAAAUAUACUCUUCAUCCAAAUGUUUGGAUUAGAACUGAAACUAUAAAAUUCGUUGUUGCAACUAUAAAAUGGUUGGAAAAGGUCGAUAUUUAUUGUAUAUUAUAUUCUUUAUUAAGACCGUUCUUGCGCUGUGAUAUUAUUAGUAUUACUGAAGCAGCAUUGUUAGAAAAUCUGCAUAGUGCGAUGCCUAGAUUUGUAUUUGAUGCUGCUAUUGUUUGGGCUGUGAGGGAUGAGAAAAGUUUAUUCUGGAAAUCUGCAAAAUCUAAGCAAUUGUUUGUUUCAACGCAAUAUGUUGAUGAAAAUGAUAUUCAAUUUCUUGAAUUUUUCUUUUUAAUUUUAAAUAAUGCUAAUAAUACUAGUGAUGAACAGUGGAUAAUAAAGUUAAGAGAUCUUGGAAUGACUAUUUCUGAUGAAUGGAAAUUGAAUUUACUUAAAGAAUAUAUAUGGAAAAUAGCUCAUUUAUCAUCAAGUUAUCGACGAUAUGAUAAUAGUUCUAUUGUUGAAACUCGAGAUGGUUUUGUUUCCCUUGAAAUGUUGAAUAUUCAUCCUAAAAUUGUUUUUUUUGAUAAUUUAUCUUCAAAACCAAAAAUUAAAAAUUCACAAUUAGUAAAUACCUCUGCUUUUGAAGAUGAAUCAGAAAGUUUCAAUAAAUUUAUUGAUGAGCAACCUAAAGAUGACCUAUUACCAUCAUUUUCUGGGAACAAUUCAUCUGUUAUUUUUCCAAAUGAAGAAUUAAUACCUCAUGUUAUCUCAGAUGAUUCAAAUAUUGGUUUAGUUACCGCUGAUUUAAGCUUUCAUGAGGAUAUAAGUUUUAGUGCUGAUAAUAAACAAUUAGAGACUGGGUUUUUCGAAAGUUCUUGUGAUACUCAAGAAGUUUCUAAUAAUUUAAUUAACAUAAAAUCUUUUUUGGAUUCAAGAAUUUCUGAUCCAGAGGAAAAUAAGAAUUUUUCAUUUAAAAAUGAUGAUUCUUGUUUAGAUAAUAAUCUGGAUAAUUCGAAUUUGAUAUAUAUGAGAAAUGUUUUAUUAAAUAAGACUGCUCCAGAGACUUCAACUAGCACAGAAAAUGUAUUAGGAACCCUAGAGAGCUUUCUACAUAGAUGUUUAACAUCAAAUAUUGCAAAGGAUACUUUGAAUAGUGAAAUUGAUUUAGACUUAUCUUUAUUUCCUAAGUCUGCAUAUUCUUCUGAUGAAAAUGACAAAGAUAUUUUUAAUUUUUUAAACAAAAUAUUUGUUGAUAAUUCUUCUGAGGAAAUAAAAGACUUUGAUUCUAUUAUUUCUUCACAAAAAGUAAAUAUUAAAAAAAAUUCUAGAAAGCUAUCUAUAAAUAAUCUAUGGCAGCCUGUGGGUACUUUAAUUGCUCAUUUUUCUGAACAUUCUAAAGGAAUUAAUCGUGUAAUUGUUUCUACUGAUAACGUAUUUUUUGCUACUGGUUCUGAUGAUGGUACUGUAAAAAUAUGGGAUAUUAGUCGUCUUAAAAAAAAUGUUACUAAUAGAUCUCGAUUAACUUAUCAACAUUCAAUAUUUUCAAGAAUUAUAUCUCUUUGUUUUAUAUCUAAUACCCACUGUAUAGCUAGUGGAGCUAGUGAUGGGAGUCUUCAUAUUAUAAAGGUUGAAUGUAUGACUAAUAUUGGUCCAUUUCCAAAAUAUAAAUCUAUUAAAAUUCUUCAAAAAUAUGAGAUAGGGAAAGAUGAACAUGCUGUUUGGAUGGAACAUUUUGAAACAGAUCAUGAAUCUAUUUUAAUGAUAGCAACAAACAUGUCACGAGUGAUUGCAUUGGAUAUACGUACUAUGAAAGAGUUAUAUAAUUUAUUUAAUCCUCCUCAACAUGGAACUCCUACAUGUUUUUGUAUAGAUCAACAGAAAACAUGGUUAUUACUUGCUGGUACACAUGGUAUUCUAGAUUUAUGGGACUUAAGGUUUCAAAUCAGAUUGAAAUCAUGGGGUUUACAUGGUACUUCUAAAAUUCAUCGACUCUUAUUACAUCCUACAAAAGGUCAUGGAAAAUGGGUAUGUAUAGCUGGAGGAAAUAGUCAGCAUGAAGUUACGGUUUGGGAUAUAGAAAAAACACAGUGUCGUGAAAUAUAUAGGGUCGUAAAGGGAAAAGAUAUUGGUAAAGAUUAUGAAGAAUGGGAAAUUGAUGGCAAAAGUUCAGAAAAAUUUCUUGGAAAAUAUAUCGAAAAUAUUAAUAAAUCAAAUUUCCAUAAUGAAAUAUCAGGAGAUAAUAGAGGAGUGCGUGCAUUGAUAACCGGCAUUUGUGGAACAACCCGCGAUAUUGCUUCUAAUAUUAUAAAUCAUGGUUUUAUUAUUUUUUCCGGAACUGAUCAAAAAAUAAGAUUUUGGAAUCUUGAUUCUAAUAAAACAGAAAAAGGUUUUAUUAUAAGUGGAUUAGAACCAGAUGAAAAAAUGCCAAUUUAUACAACAACUCCUCUUAAUUCUACUUUAAUUCUAAAUACAGAACAUUCUAUUUCUACAUUUUCUACCGAUGAUUCUGCUUCACUUAAACCUCUUUCAAAAAUAACUCGUUCUACACUGAUUCAACAACAAAAUUUCUUUUUAAAAAAUCAUAUUGAUUUAAUUCAAGACAUUGCUUUUAUUGAUGAUCCUUAUAAAUUCAUAAUUUCUGUUGAUCGCUCCGGCAUUAUUAAUGUUUAUGGAUAA